AUGCCAAUGCAUCGUUUUCCGUUUGACAGAAAUGGGACUAUAUACAUGGUUAUUAUUAUACAUGGUUGUUAUUCAACAAAGAAAAUUCUAGUUUUGAUUUUCGCUGUGCAAUUAAAUUGGAGGGCUAGUUGAAUUUGAGAAGGGCCAGUAAAAAAAAAUUUCAACUGGCCCUGCUGGCGACCAUGGUUUUCAUGUUAAUUUUCAACCCUGUUUAGGGUAGGUAAUAAAAACAAAACAGAUGUAAGUGCCUCAUCUAGGUGGCAGUGCUCAAUUUUUACGGUCGUCCGGUCGUCUGUGACGACUAAUAUUCAGUCGGGCAACUUAAUUCUAUCAUACUAGUUGCCCGUCGGACGACUGACGUUUUUUUUUUACACCAAAAGGAGAGUUGUAUCGCAUAAUAAUGUGCAGUUUCCAUGCCCAAAAUCACUUUUAAACUGUCGUUAUCUAAAGUAGAGGGGAUGAUUUUCCGCGACCACGGAAAAACAGACGGAAUCGUGGAAUUUAGUAACUGAAACGGAAUUCACGAUUUUUUAAAAAUAACCUUCAAAAGUUGUAUUUCUUGUUCAAGCACCAUUAUAAAUCUUUUUGGAAAAACAACAUUACAUUUCAUAUUAUUUUAUUAUGUAGUUAUGAACAUUGUCAUAUGCACUUUCGUGCGCUGGACUCCAAAUAGGACAUUGCUUUGUUAUAAAACAUGUGAACCCGCCAUUCACCAAAAACAGGUGAUUUACAACUUUCUGAAACAGUGCAGUUCUGCUUAUAGGUAGUACUCCACCAAAUAGCAUCUUGGCUGGGUCAAAGUUCAAAGUGACCCGAACUUUUAAUGGAGGAAUUAAGCUGCCAGUCCUGCCAUUGGUGAUAAAUGUGACAGUGGUUGCUUGUAUCAAGUACAGUUUUAUGUAGGUAAUAAAUGCAUGCAAUUUUAUUUUGUGCUGUACCAGUAUUCAUAUCUAUGGUUCAUAUUUUGGUUGAUACAUUGUGUAUAGUAGUUUUAGGCCAAUAUCUUAACACUGUCACCAAUGGGAUUUUAAUUGGUAUAGUCCAACCUAUAGAGAAAGUGACAUUUUGUGGUAUGUCCUAAUUAUCAUAAAUUGCAGUUUUUAAUUGAUGUGUAACUGCCAUUUUGAAUUAAUUAGUAAUCAGUCAUUUUUUGAACAUGUGCAAUAUCUUUUAGACAAAAAAAAACUGAAUUUAAUGUAGGUGAACAUGCAUGUAGCAUGUGGUUAGGUUCUAUGAAUGCCGAUGGAUAUGGCCACCAGAAAGUGCAUUGGCCCAACACCCCUGCACCCAAAAUAGAGAAAGCUCACAGACUGGCAUACAUGAUAAGAAAAAAAAUGGCCAUCUGAUAUGGCAGUUCAUAAAGGAGUGUUUGAAAUCUCCAAUUUUUGUCACAAUAGGCAGUGCAUAAAUGCCAAACAUUUGACAUUAGAAACACAUGCAAAUAACAGUGAUAGAAUUAAUUGCAAACACCAGGGCCUGCGUCUCAAGGGACAUACACCACACUGUCUGUUGUGAAGUAUUGUUAGUCUGUGAUUGUUUUCUUAAUUGUGUGUGUUAUUGUAACUUGUGGGGAUAUUUUUUAGAUUUUGCGUAAUUAUGUUAGACUUUCAAGGUUGAAGCAUGAUUUUUUAAGAUGUAAUGUUUUUCAUAUUUUUCAUCUUCUUGGGUGUUUUUCAUACAGUGCAUACAGAACCUUUCUUUUCUGACAUCUUUUAAUUUUAUAUGUCAUUGGUUUUUUUCUAUUUAGUUGAAAAGUUCUGUUGUGUUCGACUUUGUGCAAAGCUGAAAUGACCUUACUACCCGAUGAGAAUGAACAUCCCACAUCCCUUGACAACUUAACUAAUGACUCUACAGGCCCAUUAUUGAUGCUGUGCACUGCACUGUGUGCCCUUCCUGGGAAGUUUCUGCUGAAAGUUGUGUCUUGAAAGAUGAUGUGCCCUUGUGAACUUGGUCCAUUUACAGACAAUUUUCUGUAUUUCCUCCAAUAUAACUAUAUAUGGAAAAAUGAAGAGCCUGUCUUUGUUUAUGUUCAAUGUUUUGACUGUCCAAAUAAGCAGAAAGACUCUACAGUACAAUCAAGAUUAAUUGUUGUUGCAGGCAGAAAGAAUGCAUUUUUACAUCCAUCUAAACAGACCAAAAUAUUUUAAGUACUGCAUUGUAAAGAAAACAAGUCUGUAAGGUGCAGGCGAUUUCGUGCCAUAGGUUCGGUGUAAAGAAAAUUUUGUAAAUACCUUGAAAAACUAAAAGUUUAUGUAAUUUACAUAAUUCUAUGUGCUUGUAUAAAUGUGUAUCUUGUUAACAAUCAAUUUAAUUCCGUAUUUAACAUUUAAAAAAAAAGUGUUUUGUUUUUUGGUUGAAAUAACUGAGCAAAAUGAUGAUGUUGAAUCCAGUGACUUUAGAUCAUGGUUAUUUUGCACGGCUGGUAGAAGGCCCACCCUUUACGCCUGGAGAGGAAUUAAAGUUUGAGAUGCUUCGUUUGAAGACUUAUGAGCAAUGGAAUGAUUACGACAAAGCCCGUCCAAUCAAACUAGCAAAAGCAGGCUUUGUAUACACUGGGCAUAGCUCUCUUGUGCAGUGUUUUGUAUGUCGGUGCAACAAACAAGACUGGAACAAGAACUUGGACCCUAUGACGGAACAUGUCAAACUGAACUCUCAGUGUCCCUUUGUGCGUCAUGUUCCCAACAUUAACAUCUCCGUGUUUAUCCCAGAUGAUGAUGCCUACAAAAGUAUUAAUGAUCUGCUUCAUCAGCAAUACUGCGUUUCUGCUGGACAUCAUCCUGAAUCGGGAGGAUCAAGUUCUGUGGCAGUGGCAGCACAUGCAUUGGAACCGCCACCACCUACAGGCAGACAGCUAGCUGGACAACCAGCUGCUACUGUGACCACUUCCUCAGACAGUCACAACUAUCCCAUUGUGGCUAGAGACAGUGCGUCUGCCGGUACCACUCAGCAGGCAAUAGGGGACUACAUUUCUAGAGAUUCUGAAGCUGCUCCCAUUCGGGAGGAGUUUGCCCGUUUCAAAGCUGAAGCUGCCAGAUUUGCCACAUUCAACAGUUGGCCUAGCACUGCGAGGGCCGACCCCCGUGAUCUAGCGAGGAAUGGUUUCAUAUACACAAGGAUUGCUGACAGAGUGCAGUGUGUGUUCUGCAGAGGCAUUCUCAGGAACUGGACAGAGGAGGAUAAUCCUGCAGACGAACAUCUGGAGCACUUUCCCCACUGUCCAUUUGUCAAUGGUGAAAAUGUUGGUAACAUACCAGAUGUUCACAUUACUGAAGGUAACAUUUUAAUACAAUGUAGUAGUAUUAGGAACUGGACCCACUUGAGGCCCAAAACAUAUAUACUUUUUUUGUUCUAAGUACUAUGUAUAGUCAAACCUGCUCUAGCAGCCAUUUGUAUUUAAUAGCUUUGUUAACAUCUGUGUUAAGAGGCCACAUUUUUGUUCAACCAAAUCAUCUAAUAUAGUUCAAACUGACCUUUAUUAAUUCCUUUUUUAAGAGUCCACAUUACUAAAAGGCAGUAUCAAUAUAAUACGGUUACCCUGAAUCUAUACUAACAAAACAUACCCAGAUUCAGGAUACCUAACAUUGGCACAAUUCACAAAGAAGAAUUUGAAGAUUUAGGAUAGGGAGGGGUUGAAAACUGGACAAAAUAAUUUCCAUCCAGAUGAUGCAUGUUUUAAGGAUGUAAGAUAAGUGUAUUUAUAGUAUGCAUGUGUUAGUGUUGUACCAUAAGUUAAUUUUGAUGAAAUUGAUAAUAAAAACCAUUAUUAACUACAAUAUCAUAUGUCUUAAGUCAGUCUUCACAAGGAAGGCAAGUGAC